AAACAUCAAGAAGUUCCCGAUAUCCCGUUAGGUGGUGCGACGAAGAUGGCGAAACACUAACGCGAAAGAGAUCACACUAUGAACGCGAAACUAACACGAAGAACGUAGAAGACACCUCAGUUCUAUCAGCAGAAUACAAGAUACAGGGUUGUAAAAAAAAAGGUUUGAACAAAAAUGUCUUGCCACCGCUAGAGGCAUGCAAGUGUGGAGUGAGAAAUGUUUUUUCCGGUGCGUUUCUGAAUAAAGUGUUGGUUGCACUUUGUGCGGGGCUAGUGUCGGUGCCAGUGAGUGGAGAAUCGAUUGCGGUGGACUUUGCGAAAGUGUCUUUCGUUGGCAACCUUUGCGGAACCUGCAACAUACAGCUCUCCGUCGUCGUCGUCGUCGUCGUCGUCAGGAAGAAGGGUACAGACGAAAGCAGACAGCGGUGGCAGCAGGCGGUGUACAAAGCGGUGGCGAUGAAGACAACGGCUGUGGAAGAAACAAGAGUUUGACAGCAAAUGACAGGCAGAGCAAAUAGGAAGAAAGAAAGUGGUGAAAGAACUACUGCUCUACGCGAACGAGUUAGUUUAGAGUGAAAAAAUAUUUCACAUUGCAUUGCAAUCUAUGUGAAUUGUGGGCGAAUAAAAGCAAGCAGAAGCACAUGCGGAUGGUGACCAUCGACGGAGAAGGAAAACACGCUCGAAACAAGCCUCCGUGCGGAGAAAACAAGGGGCAGCAAAAAUGUGCGAUGUUUGCUCCGGUUUUCUAAAUCUUCUUGUUUCAUAUGAGUCCAGAUUAAACGGAAGCAAUGACACCGAUCAACCGGUGUUUCUGCAGAAGCGCGAGGUGGAGGUGGUGCUUAACUAUAUCCAGACGUGGCCGAACAGACAAUGCAUGUGCUGUUACCGGGAUGUAAAGAACUUUGAGCGGUUCAACCUGGUUGUGCAGGGCAUAAUAUGCUUCACCGUCUACCAGCUGAAGAACAUCCGGAAGCUGUUGGCACAAAAUCUGCUUCAGGCUUCGACGAGUGCUGCAGGCGCAGGGGGGCAGGCUGGGCCGAAUGCUCCGGAGACAACAGCAUCGGUUAAAGACGCCACCCCAGCAGCAGAUAGAGCCGACCAUACAAAAGAUGCCAACGAUAAGACGGUGGUAGAUGAGCAGCAGGAGCACACGAAUAGGCCGCCAACCGUCGUCACACCAGACGGUGGGAAAACGGAACUCGCAUCAAAGGAGGCAGAAUGUGAGCUUGGAAUGGCCGCGAAGCUGGCAGAAGCUGAAGACGCGAAGCACGCUGACAAGCAGCAGUUGACAGUACCAGCAGCAUCCAAUCAACCGGCGAUGGACGAAGCUUGGACAUUGCUCGAUGUGGAAAAGCUGCUGAUUCUGGUUUCGAAGGUGUUUCUGCUCAACUUCCCGCUAUACGUGGCCUACAAGCAUAGUGUGCACACCCGGCUGGAAGAUGUAUCACCGCAGGAAGUACAAUCGUUGAGUUUGUUCUGUGAUUUGCACGAAAGUGAAAUAUCGGCCUUCCUGCUGCGAAACGUGUCGCUGUUUUGCAAUUAUGCCGGGUUUGAGGCGAUGAUGCAUUGUUUCGAUCAGCCCGGAUUGCCGGUCUCCACCGCGCAUGCCAUCACUGCUACGAGCUCCAACAUUAAGCUGUGGAUUAACUAUCGCUCAACCGUGCAGCUGUUCAUUCCGCUGCGCGUGAAGGUGCUGCAGUACAUGUGCCGUUUGUCCGAUCAGGAUCUUCGAUCGCCGGCCACCAAAUCGAUGGCCGAUUUCAUGUGGACCGCUAUCAAGGACCCGUUCGACACGCAGAUUACAUUCGAUACGGAAGGAUUGGCGCUGGCGUUCAAAUAUUUCACAUCUUCCACGCUGACGAUGCGGUUGGCGGGUAUGGCGCAGAUCAAUGCACACAUCAAUAUGUUUAACGAUAUCUGCACCUCGGAAACGGUGUCCGAGGUGGAAGCGGUGGGGCUAAAACUGGCCAAUUGGCUUUCCGAAAACCAGAUCAUCUCUCACCUGUUCGGACCAAACCUGCACGUGGAGGUUAUCAAGCAGUCGCACAUUGUGCUUAACUUCCUAGCGGUUGAAAAUCAAAUCACCGAGGAACACAUUACGCUGAUGUGGCAAGCGGCCCAGCUAAAACAUUGCUCCAAGACGAUAUACGAUAUUUUGCCGUCACUGGUCAAAAACCUCGCACCCAAACCAGCCACACAUCUGUACUCGCUGCUGUGUCGGCUGGAUCCAAAAGAACACACGGAGCAAAGCAUCUACAUUGCGUCUGCACUGACGAAGUUAAUCUGGAUGCGUGACUGUUCGCGACAGACGCUUAUCGAUAUGAGUAAGUCGACCGGUGCCACUGUAAACGAUAUGGCGACAGGACGCGCGGACUAUAACGAGCUUCCGUCCAGCUCGGAGAACAGCGUAAGCGUAGAUGGUACGAACAGCGAGGAUGAGCAUCCGGAGGAUGAUAGCUCCGACCCGGAUGUGCCAUCGGUACCGCCGGUGGUGGUAGCAGGGGUACAUAAACCAUCCGGUCCUAUCCUGCGAAUGGGGCCAGACCGUGAGGGAGAAUCGGACAAUGGUGCUCCUCCCUGCAAGCAGGCACGCCAUAAAAUUUGUUGUGAUGAAACUACUGAUGACAGCAUCAAGGUGGAACCAGACAUCUACGAUGUGCAUCAGAGAAUCAAAGAAAAGAUAAGAAUUCCUCUCAUGACACGUUCGAUCACUGCCUUCAACGAGGACGCUACCAGCAGCGACGAAUGUAUCGACGUGGGUGAAGCGUUUUUGUUACGCAAAAAGCUUCGCAAAAAGCGCCGUAAAGUGAGUGGACUUACUCGCAAAGAGCUACAGGAGCUGCAGGAAAGUGUAUCCGACGUGGAGGAUAGCGAUCUGCUAGCUGCGAUGCUUCCCGACAGCGACUGCAGUGAUAACAACCUUCAGACAUCUGUAUUGCGCCACAUUCAGCAGCAGCAGCAACAACAGCACCAGCAGCAACAGCAUCAUCACCACCAUCACCAUCAACAUCAUCAUCACGGUAGCCCGUUAGGACCGGGGAUCGUUGGUAUGAGCGAUCGCGAACAGCAGCUGGUAGUUGGCCAGGCAAACAACAACAGUCUCAUGAGUGCCGCUUCGCUGAAUGACGAUGUUUCCAGUUUUAUGGGCGCAAUGGGCGAAGGUCGUUUGAUUAACUUUCUUAACGCAGCGGAUGCGGCCGAUCACGACGGUAGCUGUUCUUCGCCAAUGAGCAACAAAUCGGAAAAGAACAUGGCUGACUUCGAUGACGAGGAUUCGCCGUGCGAAGAGGAACUGGCACAGUUGGCAGCACGUGCCGAAUCGCUGCAUCAAGGAUAUCCCAUCCAACGGCCCCGUUCGAUCGGAACCGUUGCCGGACCGUCAGCAUUACGCGCUGGUGGCGCUGGUGCUGGUGGAAUGGGCUUGAUGAAACAACCACAACAGCAACAUUCACCUCACCAGCAGCUCUCGCCUGGAAUGCAUCGAAUGGGGGGUGCCACAAACAAUGGAGCGAUAAAGAUGGCCAAAGGAGGAGGGUCUACAAAAACGAAGGAUAUUCUGGCAGCAACGGCCGCUGCGGCAGUGACUGCGGGUCCGGUGGGAACAAUGAUGAUUGGCAAUCCUUACCGGUUUCCCGACGUUUGCCAACCCGGCAAUACCUUGCUGUGGGAUCUUCUUCAGGACGAUAAGAUUGGUCAGUUGGGUGAAUCUAUCGCACUGGAAGCGGAAAAGGUGCUCGGUACCUUGCUGUGCUUCCACACGGACAAGCACAUUCGCACACGGUUCAUCGAAGGUUGUCUGCAAAAUCUGGCCGAAAAUCGUAGUGUGGUGACGAGCUUGAAACUGCUGCCCAAGUUGUUUGCCUCGUUCCAACAGUUCCGCGAUGUGACGACGCAUCAGGUUGUGCUGUGGUCGGAACGGCAGCAUCGAAUGAUGUUUCACUUCUUCAACAAUCUGAAGCACUAUUCAUCAUCUGUCCGGAAUAAUGGUCCGGCUACCACUGGCAGUGUGCAGACGACGGAUAGCACGAAUCUGGGUGGACCGCUCUACUCGCAUGUGACUCAGAUCCAGGUGCGCUUGCAGUUCCUGACGUCCGUGUUUAGCGAUGUUGGAUCGCCGCGUAGCUUCCGAUUGACAUUGAAUCAAGUCGACAGCUUGUGGGCAUGCCUUGCCAACGAUGCAGAGUGCAGCGAUUGCUUAUUUUCCUGGCUGCAGGGUCAGGUGAAGGGUGGCGAUACUCAUGCGCUCGGAUUAAACGCUAUCCAGCACCUGUACAUGAAACGGCUAUCGGAGUUAAAACCGGAAGGAAUAUCGAUGGUUGCUUUGGGUUUAUUUCAACAACUGUUCACCCUCGGCCGGGAAGAGCUCUUUGGACAGCCGAACGAUGGCGCUGAACGUGAUCGAGAGAUGGACAACGUGGGCAUGGAGCACUUGUGGAAGAUAGCGCUGCGGGCGACAAACACCGAUGUAUCGCUGUCGGCCAUUCAGUACAUCAACACUUACUACAUGGAAAAGCAGCUGAAGUACGAGCAUCAAUUUGUGGCCCAGUGUAUGAACCAUCUGUCACAGGCAGUCGAAGAGCUGAAUCAACACUCUGACAACAAUGGACCGGCGACGGAGUAUGCUUUGAUGUGUGUGCAGCGUGCGUUAAUGCUGUUGAAUACGCAUCUCGAUACAUUUCGUCGGCGAUACGCCUACCAUCUGCGUCGUUGGGCUCUGGAAGGCAAAGACAUCGGGGCAUACAGCGCGCUGCGUACCGAAGGCCCUGGACCUCCGAUAAGGAUCGUGCUGCAACCGGCUGGCGUACCAGACAAAUCGUUCCUCAACAUGCACGCGAGCGAUCUGGUUGCCGAUUUGAAGGCGGAAAUUGCGAAAUGGUGGGAAAAGUAUCAAGGCGGCGUACCACCAACAUCAGCACCUCAGUCCAAGAAGGCCCAGACCGCUACUACGAACGUGGUCGUUGGCAGUGGUGGCAGUGGAGAACAUAGUGCUAGUGCAGGCAGUCCGGCAGUUGUUCCUGCGCUUGGGAUACUGUUGAACGAUGGUCCGCUUCGGAUCAUAACCCAGGGCCAGGAGAUAACGGCCGAGUACGAUGAACGCAGCUUGGCCGAUGUGGGUUUUAAGGAUAAUCAAAUGGUGUAUGUGUCACUGGGCGGACGUAGCAGUGGCAGGAGACGCGAACAGAACGAAAACCCAUCGAUGCAACCUCCACCAUCGAAGGAUUGUUUGCCGACGCUGUUACUCUUGAAGCCACCAUACUUUGAGCAACUGUUUCGAUUGAUGCAAACGUUAGGUGAUAUGAAAAUCAGCAUCACCGGAGAGCGCUGCCAACCGAACACCAAAGCGCAACUGCUUUCGCGCCGUGUGUGGGACAUUCUUGCAAUGCUGCCCACGUGUCCCUCCUUUUACAGCACGCUGAAAAACCUUUCCUUUAAGAGUCUACCUUCCACUGCAAGCGGUCAGAAGGCGACCGAAAAGCAAGAAGGAAAUGGGAGCAACAAGAACCAGGCCAGUGGUGAAGACAUAACAGAAUGUUUGGCAAAGGAAGGUGAUCCACUGCUGUCGGGCGGUGGUUGUUACACGCUAGAGGAAAUUCUUGACCCAUACAACUUGCAAAAGUUCAUGUACGCAUUGCACAUCGUGGAGAGUUUGUGCAAAUCAAAGUUUGUUGGAAACUGCUGUGGCGGCAGUAGUGUACCCGGUGCAACAAUGCACCAGCAGAUGAAGCCGUUUGUCGACGGCGGUAACAGCAACCACCGUAGUGCGCCCGGAGUUUCCGGGACAAGUUCAAAGUCGCUGUCGGUGAAGAAUCAACUGAAGUUAAAAAUUUCCUCUUCAAAGUCAUUAAAAAUGCAACAGCAAAGCAGCCCGCGACAGCAGGAAUCGGCCGUUGGUGUUAGCAACAAUCGAUCGCCGCCAAAGGGAAAACGGUUAGAUUUUGCCCCAACCUCGCCGGGCCCGGGUGUGGUGAAACCGACGCCUUUGUGCAGUGAGGACGAUCGAACGGUCAUUAUGCCACGAGUGGAUGGAAGUUUGGAGAACAAGGAAAACAAACCUCACCUCGAUGGUGCUUCCUGUUCAUCAAAGCCAGACGAGCAACUAACGGUGACGACGGUACCACCUCAAGCUGUGGAAUGUAGUCAGGAAGGCACCAGUAACACCCAGCAAGAAUCAUCGGAAGGAUCGGAGGAGGUUAAAAAGCAGGAAAACAUCAACCUGGAACCGACGUCGGCUAACGAUCCUAACGAGCUUUCCGGUGCCACUACCAGUUCUACUACGCGCGUAGUCGAGUGGAGCGAUGAAUUUAUGCGAUGCGGCGGUUUGGCCCAUCUGUAUCGUAUCUUUCUUUCCGGUGUGCUACAGAAAUCUACCGACGGUUCCGACGAAAGUGAACUGAACGAAUGGCGUCACGAUUGUUUGGCUUCUCUGUUGCGAAUCAUGUGUCUCCUGGGGAUGGACGAACUGAAAACGAAUGAAGCGGAAGGCAAUGCGAUUUUAAUUCCGCCCCUGAAUCGUGAAACGAUGGCAUUGUUCGAACCACGGCCAACGCUGGAACGAAUCGCAUCGAUCCUCAACGAGGAAUCGCUUCCUGUAAAUCCAAACCUGUUCAAAACAGGUAUGUUCGGCCGGCCGCAGGUCAUACAUUACGCGAUGAAUCUGCUCGUCUGCUAUGCCCAUUCCUGCAAGGAGGUGCGCCGAUUGCUGUGGACCAUCGAGGCGAACUCACUCUGGCUGCAGCGUUUGAUAUUGGAUGACCCGGAACCGGCGGUUCGGCGUGAGGCUUGUGCGGCCCUUUACCGGCUGUGUCUGGGAAAUGCACAAACGUACUACGAGUUGAUGGCACCCUUACUGUCCAAACUGGUGGCACUUUUGCCACUGGCAGAAAAUAUGAAACCACAAUCGCUGAACGGUGCGACCAGCUGCGGUAUCUAUGGAGCGCUGUUGGCGGCUGCGGGCGACGAAGGCAAGGAACCGUACGGGCCAGCGUGUAGAGACUAUUUCUGGCUGUUGUGUCGGCUGGUGGAUGCCCUUUCGCCCGAGCUGCUGAGAGGCAGCAAUGGUGGUAACUCGGCGAGCGAAGAACUGCAGCCACGGGAUGCAAUUGGAUUGGAUGCUAUGUGUCAGCAGGUUGCUCGAAGCAUCCUAGAACGAGACUAUCUUGAAAGCCGGCACGGCAGCCCUGACGAUGGUUUGUUCGGGCUGUUGAAUUUAAUGGCCAAUUUGCUGAAGUUCGAUCCAGGGUUUAAGUACAGCCUCGCUGGACAGGAGUUUAUGAUCAGUGUGUUUUGCUGUCUGUUCGAGUUGCCGUCCCCGGAGGACCGUGAAAAGCCGAAGUGCAAGAGUAAUGCGGCACGGGCAGCUGCGUACGAUUUGCUGGUUGAGAUGUGUCGCAACGCUCCGAAGAACUAUCUGCUGCUGCACGGGAAGCUAAUGCAGCAACACCGUGCCGGGCCACAUUCGCCGUAUCCAUGGGAUUACUGGCCACAGGAGGAAGGUCGUUCCGAGUGUGGCUAUGUCGGGUUGACGAACCUUGGUGCAACGUGCUACAUGGCGUCGUGUAUUCAGCAUCUUUUCAUGACACCACAGACGCGCGACGCAAUCCUGUCCAUCUCGACCGACGCGCCGCAAAAGCACAAAGCAACGCUGUGCGAAUUGCAGCGCAUGUUUGCGUAUCUGAUGGAGUCGGAGCGGAAAGCGUACUGCCCAAGAUCGUUUUGCCGCGUAUACCAGAUGGAUCAUCAGCCGCUUAAUACGGGCGAGCAGAAGGAUAUGGCUGAGUUCUUCAUCGAUCUUGUUUCGAAGCUGGAGGAGAUGACGCCGGAUCUGAAGAAUUUGGUGAAGCGCAUCUUUUGUGGAGUCAUCAGCAAUAAUGUUGUGUCCUUAGACUGUGGGCAUGUGAGUAGAACGCUGGAAGAAUUUUAUACCGUCCGUUGUCAGGUGGCCGAUAUGCGUAAUUUGCACGAAUCGCUCGACGAAGUUACUGUGAAGGAUACGCUCGAGGGCGACAAUAUGUACACCUGCUCGCAGUGUGGCAAAAAGGUGCGUGCCGAAAAGCGUGCCUGUUUUAAGAAGUUGCCCCAGAUACUGUGCUUCAACACAAUGCGCUACACCUUCAACAUGGUCACGAUGCUGAAAGAGAAGGUGAACACACACUUCUCUUUCCCCAUGCGGCUGGAUAUGUCUGGCUACGUGGAGAAAACCCUGAUGCCGCAUCAUUAUCAGGAGGAAAAACGGAAAUCGCAGAUGCGUCGUUCACAUUCCCGGAACGUCAGCGAAUCGUCAGCAACAGGCGAGGGGAAUCCGGCUGGAACGUCGUCCGGGUCGAAUGACGAUAAUAGUAGUAGCAGUGCUAGCAGUAAUACUAGUGGCAGCAGCAGCAGUACUACCGGCAUCAUGAGCACAAGCAGUGAGUGUAAUGCGGCGAGCAGUAACGUCAACAAAACAAACGGACCUGCAACAACGACGACGACGCUGGACAAGCAAGAACCCGAAGACGUUGAGAUGAGUGCUGCUGGUUCGGAUGAGAAAAGAAGCGAGGCCGACAGAACGAACGAAACGACGACGAACGGUAACCUGAGCGACAGCAGCAAUGGUGAUCUGCAGCGUCAGCAGCAAACGAUGGAUGAAGAGGAAUCGGAAGAUUUCAACGAGAACUAUGAGUACGAUCUGGUGGGUGUUACAGUGCACACCGGAAAUGCUGACGGUGGGCAUUACUACAGCUUCAUCAAGGAAAGGAAUGAAGAUGGCGAUCCGAAUCACCAGGAACGCUGGUUUCUCUUUAACGAUGCCGAGGUGAAACUUUUCGAUCCGUCGCAAAUCGCGGCGGAAUGUUUUGGCGGAGAAAUGACGAGCAAAACAUACGAUUCGGUAGCGGAGAAAUAUUUGGAUUUUAGUUUCGAAAAGACUAACUCAGCGUACAUGUUGUUCUACGAGUGGCGUUCGAACAAGGGUAAAAAUGUACAGCGUGACCAAGUCGAUCAACAACAACAAGCAACAGCGUCUUCGCCUUCGACAGACACACCACCAGCCGGUGCAUCUAACAGCAAUGUAGAUAGUGAGAAAAAAUCUUUCCCUGGCAGCACGAAACCCUCAAUGAAGUCUCAACCAAUUAAAAGUUCGAUGCUAUCCUCCAGUGCGACGAUGCCUGCAAAAGAGGCUUCCAGUAAGCAGUCAGAAUCAAUGCUUUCCCCGCCAACGGAGGCCAACCUGCCAACAGGGCCAGACAUUGUAAAAAUCGCAAACAAAAAAACAGGAAUUACGCUCUCGAGUUCGAACACUUCACCCGUGGCAAAAGCAUCAUUUUCUUCGACAUCGCCGCAACAAGCGUCGGACGCUGCAGAGUGUGGAUCUUCCUUUAAAGCUACAUCGAAUAACAACCAGAAUGCUGCAAUACCAGUGCAAGAGAAACAGCUAGAAUCCAGCAAAAACGGUGAUUCCACCGCUGCAGCACAGGAACAGCUGGCAGCAAAUGUGGAGCCGCCAUUGCAGGAACGUCAUCCGUCACCUGCGUCUGCAGUAGCAGCGACACAAGAUGCAACAGCAAGUAAUGAGCGCGAUCAAGAGACUGAACAACAACAAUUUAUCCAACAACUUAGUGAAGUAGCUAAAGAAAGUAAUAACCUAAGUAAAUGUGAUAUAGAUACUAAGCUUGCUAGCACUGCUAGAAUACCAUCGACGAUAUCAUCACACCAGCAGGAAGUUGACGUGACAUCCACCAGAGUAGUUAGUCCUGCGCCAACGAUAGCGUCCCUUGCCAGCACUGCUUCGCUGUCGCCAGCAUCCACCGCAUCGACGGCAUCCGUCACGUCGGCGUCCACGGCUGCCAUUGCACCACCACCGCCAACCAUCAAUGUACCGACGGCUCCUUUGUCCGCACCGGUGCAUCCGCUGAUCGUGCCUUUGGCAGGAUCUUCUUCCGUCGCAUCCUCUGUAUCAUCGGUGGUAUCAUCGUGUAUGGUGGGAGCGUUGAGUGGGCCCGGAGGACCACCGUCGGUGAUAGGUUUCCAAGGGUCGACAUCAUCAGCACCGUCACCGUCAGCUAUGCUGCAUCAUGGCGUCGGAGCGGAACCUGCACCUUCAUCGUACUCGUCAAUAUCAUCGCUUUCUGCGCUAACAGCAACUGUCGGUGGCAACAUAGCGCUGCCGAUGGCAGCCGUCGUAGGACCUACGCCAGGGGGUCCGGGUUCUUCCUUCAGUGCUGUUACAUCGCACGCAGCUGUGUUACAGUCGUCGAGUUCGCCCGGUUGCUCAAGUGGUAGUGGUUCGGGAAGUGGUAGCAGUAGCAGCAGCAGUGGGUCAGGAUUAGUGAUGGUAAAUCGAAUCAACCAGUCGAUCAAACGGCUGCGGCAUCGGCCUUUGUCCAAGGAGCUAGAAGAAUGGAUAUGGCAAGAUAAUCGGCAUUUUCUACAGGAUCGAAACAUCUUUGAGCACACGUACUUUAACUUUAUGUGGCAAAUAUGUGGUCACAUACCUCAAAGCUUGCUGGCGCUGCCGGACAUAACGAGUAUUGCUGCACAAUUAUCAGUGUCGUUUUUUAUUGAGACAUUUAUACAUGCAAAGGAAAAGCCGACCAUGGUGUUGUGGGUAGAGUUGUUGACGAAGCAGUUUAAUGCCAGUCAGGAAGCUUGCGAAUGGUUUCUCAGCCAUAUGUCAGCAGAACCUUGGUGGCCCGUACAGGUACUAAUACAAUGCCCCAAUCAAAUGGUUCGCCAAAUGUUCCAACGACUUGUGAUCCAUGUAAUUCAGCGCUUAAGACAAAGUCAUUGCAGUUUGUAUCUGAAGGCAGAGACCGACAUGGAUGGGAACGAAAUAAUAGGAAAUGUAUCCUGCGUGACACGAUUCAUUAAAUCGCUCAUCAUGCUGAUGGAGCAUGGUGCGAAGGCGCACUCGAGACAUUUGUCUGAGUUCUUCGGUUUGCUGUACGAAUUUUCUCGUAUGGGCGAAGAGGAAGCGCUGUUUUUACUGCGCAUCAACGUGAUACGCAGUGUUGCCGAUUUUUACCUCGGUCACAAGGGACAGGAAUGUAUGGAUGCAAAUUCAGACAACGAGGAAAACUCGUCGGACGAAGCGCUCACUGUCGAUAAAUCGCGACCAGCAUCGUUGGAUAAGAUGAUCGCCUUGGUGGCUUCACUGGUGGAACGAUCCCGAGGACCGGAUUUGCGUUUGCACUUGUCCGCCCGCGAUUACAACGCAAUCGCCGGUGGCAAAGGAUUCCCGUUCCUGUACCAGCAGAUUAAGGACAACAUCAAUCCACAACAAACGCGCCAUCUAAUACACGCACUGUGUCGCUGCGACGAGCGGCUGGCUAGCCAAAUUAUAGCAAUGCUAUUCACGGCCGUCACCAAGCAUACGGAACUGUGCGGACCGUUCUUCAAGCUCAUUACCCUGCUCACGGAAUCUUCGGGCGGUCCGCCCGGGCUUCCGUGCUUUUCGCAACUAGUGCUGCAGCGUGUGUGGGAUGCUGCCGAAUACUGUCCGCAGUCCGCCCUGGACUGGUUAGCCGUGCAGGCGCCACGCAACAAGAUCGUUCACAACUGGAUCCUGCAGUCGGCCGACAGCUGGGUGGAACGGUUUUUGCUGGCUCACGGGAAUGCACGGGUUCGAAAUGCGGCCGCAUAUCUGUUGGUGUCUCUAGUGCCUUCGCAAAGCUUCCGGAACAACUAUCGGGCCACCUCACACCAUAAGCUAUCGAUACACGUGUUUCAGCAUCGUGAAAUCUCCUGCGAAGCACAGCUUAUCCUGCACACCAUAUUGAAUAUGUUGCUGCUGCUGCUGCGCUCUGCCAGAAAUUACACGGACAUCAAUCUGCAUGGCACGAGCAAGUUUACCGCGUAUUUUAACCUGCUCACCUAUUGCCUGGUUUCGAAGACGGAGAAACUUAUGGUUGGACCACACUUGAGAUCUCUGUGGGAUCUGUUUCACCCGCGGUUAUCUGAGCCGGCUGUACCCGCACAUCACAACAAACAGGCGUUACUAGCGUUUUGGUAUCAGGCAACCCUGGACUGUCCAGAGAAUGCGAGCCUCGUGGCAAACUGUCCAGAUAUAACGAGAAACAUUGCAUUUAACUACAUUUUAGCUGACCAUGACGAUACGGAAAUCGUGACGUACAAUCGGGCCAUGUUGCCAGUAUACUACGGUUUGCUACGAAUGUGCUGCCAACAAAGUCGACUGCUUACCAGACAGUUAGCAGCGCACCAGAAUUUGCAGUGGGCAUUUAAAAACAUUACGCCACACCCGACGCAGUAUCCGCUGGCCGUUGAUGAGCUUUUCCGCCUGAUGACGCUCUUUGCUCAACGCCAUCCCGAUGCAAGUGAAGCCGAGCAGCGGGACGUGACCAUCUUCCGUCGAACAACGCUAACAGCCUACCUGAAUGGCCUGGAUGCAAGAGUGUCCUGGGGUACGCUCAUAGCCGCACUGCGCAUCCUCGUGGACAACGAUGAUGAUCGGUUGUAUGUGGUGCUGAACGGUGGCAUAACGCUUUGCUUUGACGCACUGCACACGCUGCACUCGAUGUACCACGAGGCGACCGCUUGUCACGUUUUCGGCGAUCUGCAGGAGCUGCUGACGGAGCUUAUUUUACUAAUCAAUACUUUGCGCGCAAGCAGCCGUGAGCAGAAAAAGCGCCCUCAGCCAGCGUUGAUGAAGGGUCUGCCUGACGCCGUCCGGCGGUUGGCAACGUUGCUGAACACAUUCAAUCCACCGGAGAUGCGUAAUCUGGCGUUGGAGGUGCUGAAGGAGCUGGUAAAAUGUGCCCCACCGGAUAUAAUCACGACCGUGUUGGUACCGCUGCUGACCAGCUGUCAUGCACCGCACGUGCAUCAUCUGAUUCAUCCGGCGAACAGCAUGGCCGGAACGGUUGCGGCGACAACAUCCAACGCAGCCACCUCAGCAGCUUCCACAUCAUCAUCCAUCGGUCCGCUUGGUUCGUACUUUCCAAGGCGCGGUAUGAAGGCGGCCUGGCCGCCGGUGUCAAAGAAUACACCCCGUCCACCGAAGGCAAUGAUCCAGAUGAACAUUCCACAGGCACAGAUAUGUGAAAAGGGUAUGGACAAAGAUUUCGAUCUUGCGCUCGAGCUGUUUUAUCGACCGUAUCACGAAUUUCUCGACAUCAUGUUCCGCGUUGCGGUGACCUCCAACCACUUUAGUGAACCGUUAGUUCACCUCUCACUGCUAACCGGGAUUGAGGCGGUUGUGCUGCACUUUAACAUCUUUGCCAAGUUUUGGGUUGGAAUUUACAACAAUAAAACCACGCACCGAUACGCCGAAAUGCUCAUAAAAAAUCCACUACUGAUCGAUUACAUCGACAACGUAUUGAGAGACGAAAGACUGUCGCUAAAUGAUCCUAUAAUAGCGAAUUUUAUCGAAAUAUAUUAUCCCAAGAUAAAGUCUCGUCUUGUCGUGCCACGCCUGCUGGAAUCCAUCUGUCAGCUAUUGCCGGACAAGAAUAAUCUGGAGGAUAUUUGUGGCGACCUGCAGGCGAUUCGAAUCAUCGGACAGCGCACGGGAAUACCGAGCUCGGUGAAGAGUGCGCUACAGAAUUCGCUGCACGCCGUUUUGACAAAGUUCAAGGAUGAAAUCUACAGUGACGAAGAAAUUCCUACGAAAAAACGGAAGGUGACUGUGCCCCACAUAACGAUACACCCGGUCGUACGAUCGCCAUCCGCUGCUACCGCUGCUCAAGGAAUGGAGGGUAUGCAACCGACAGCAGCAGUACAGGUGGCCUCCUCAAGCGUGCCAGACGGAUCGAUGCCAAAAUCCACACGGCUCAAGGAAAGUGUACCACCGUCCAUCGAAAUCACCGUACAAAGCGCACCAGGUGCUGGCAGUGUGAUAAAACUGCCGCCCACUAACACAGAAACUCCUAGCUCGGAUACCGAGCCUCGAAGCGAAUCCGUGGCGUCCACGAGUGCUGCAACAACAGCACCGGCUUCGGGAGUGCAAGGAGCGGUGGAAAGCAAGCUGCCAUCGAGCUCGGCACAACAGCAGCAGCAGCACAGCACUGGCAAUGAGAAAAACAUUGAAAGUGGUAGUGAGAAGAUCGGUGGUGACGAUCAAACCUCGUGCGAAAUCAUUGGCCCAACGGUAAUGGCAACCGGUACAACCGGAAGCGACCAGAACCAGCUGCAGCAGCAGCAGCAGCAGCAAAAGCAGCAAGAACAAUAUCUUCGCAAUUUAGUGAAAGACAUCGAGAGCCAUAUUGAGCUAAUAUUCGAAUGCUUGGAUGAUGAUGAUGAAGGCGACAAUACCAACGAGGCCAACAUUCAAAAGCCGUCACAUGACGAAACAGAUGAGCGGAAGCUCGAAACGAGAAGAAAUCCGGCCACGAAGGGAGCGAGCCCAGCAACCAUUCUCCCCAACAAGCAUGAGCUGGGUACGACGUCGACAAAGCGGCAAACUGAUGUACCGGAACAGCGGGACGAGGUCUUAGUAGUUAGCAGUAGUCACAGCGCUGGUUGCCAGCCUUCGUCAGCAGUUGAGCAGAUGGCAACCGGAACCAUGGAAACGGAAGAACAAACUGCCGUAAGACAUAACACAGAUGGCGAACGAGAUGGCAACGAUAGUAACAGUAGCAAGCUGCAGCAAAAAGCGAUUGUACACGAAGCAAAAGAGUUGGUAACAAGCCCUGGAUGUGGUGCUGCAGCUGAAGAGUCCACUUUCGGACGGAAGGGCACCGACCUGGACCAUUCCGCUCGCAAACCGGAAGGGCGUCUCGAUGGAGACGAUGGGGAAAAGACGCCGCUGAACGCUGUGUCGAUUGAAGAUUGAACGGUAAGGGGCAGACAACGGCUACAGAAAGGAAAACGGAAGGUCAACUGGUAAAAGUUGGUGCUAGUAUAAGUGGCGGAUAAGCAGCAGCAAAUUACCGAUUGCUCAUACACUUCAAGCAUCUGUGGCAGUGUGGUGUGGGAUGCCGUCGAUCGCUUGAUUGGUUCGAUCGAAUGAAAUAACGACGUUCAAGCGAUAAACCUUAAUUUCUAUUUGUUCUAAUUUGUAAGUUUCGUUUUCCUCGUUUAAUCAUCCACCUAUAAUCCAUUACCGUGAUUCUGGGAACACAUUAUCAUUAUAAUUAUUAUCAUUAUUACCAACAUUUACUGCGUGCUGCUUGCCUACUUGCCGCGAUUCAGUUGAGGACCGAUGCGGGUUGGGCGAUCCCUCCGCCAGUCCACAAUCACGAAACACAUCACCAUGGACUGGCCGAAGAAGUCUCCGAAGGAACCUAGUUCGCUUUGAGUUGAAUUGCGGGUCACGAAUGGAAUAGGGGUAGGGAAAUGGAAAAGAGCACACGUAAUUAUGAUUAGAGAAGCAGACUUUGUGAUGAAUUCAUUUGAACAAUUCGAGCGUCAAUAGAACUUAUUUUACGACGGACUGCGAAGAAGGGUGAGCGUAUGCUUUACUUGGCGUACGCGCUUACGGAAUAGAGGGUCAGAGUUGUUGGGUUGGGAAUGGAAUGGUGCUGUAUGCAAAACACUGUACGAGAGGAGGCGUUCAGUGUGAGUGAAAUGUAAAUCUUCGUAACGGUCGAAUCAGUCGAUUUGGACACACAGGCUCUACAUUUCUAUCUUUGCGAAUACACCCGAGAAUACAGCAAAACACACACACACAUACAU